UGCGUGUGUGUGUGUGUGUGUGUGUGUGUGCGCGUGCGUGCAUGCUCUGGCACAUUUACACCCAAACGCACAGUGUGCGCGCGUCUUGCCGUGCUUUGCCGUGCUCCUUUCUAGAGGGAACAGCUUAACGGACUACAUGCAUGAAGGCAUGCAGCAGUGAACCCGGCUCAUUAAAAUCACGCAGGUCGCGCGCAUUACUACACUGGCCCUCGCGGUGUUGCUCGUGCUGCCGGUCGACGGACCCCCAAAAGCGCAGAGGGACACGCGCGCUGAAAGGUGUGGAGGAGAGGCGACCCGCGUGGUACAAUGGAACCGAACCCGAGCUGUUAAAAGGUCCAGACGCACUCAGAAGCUGUGAGGGAGGAUAACGGCUACAUGGAGAAAACCGGCAAGAUCUGAACUUUUGGAGGAUCCGCUGUGAGGAUUAUCGUACAGUCCCACAAUCUGACCGGUACCUUGAGGGACGAUCAGGUUCUCAGUUAGCAGAAGCGUGUCAAAGGAAAAGCUCAAACUAUGGCUCGUGCUGACAGUCCUUUGGGGACCUGGCAUGUGCUGCUGACCAUCUCGCUGGUCAUCGCACCCCUUAAAGCUCACGGGAGGCAUUCGCUUGGCAGGCACCAUCAUCACCACAACCAAUCAUCUGUCAACAAGGGGGCCUUGAAUACUGGGAUGGUGCUCAGCGAUGACUCAGCAGAAAGAGAUCACCUGAUAGGAGCAGGGCUCAGGCUCGGGGGCACACUCCCGCUUAGCUCCACUAAACGUCAUCAUUCUCAAAAACACACCUACCUGGACUUCAUAGAAGAGGACACAACUGGGGGAGAAGAGCUCACUGCUGGAGGGGCGGGUCCAGACCAACCAGGAAACCCCAUGUCUGAUGACGUCAUCACCGUGGCGUUUCAUAGCCCUACCCCGGAUGUUGCUCCGCCUGAUGGUGCUCUGGAUUGGGACAAAGUCCCAAAACCUCAGAAGCAAAAAAGUGGAGGUCCAACUGCAUGGACGCUUUCUGACUUUUAUGACUACCUUUCCCCCGAUGACGACCUCUCUGCGUUAGAUCCAACCCCAGACCCUGAGCCAACCCCUUCCCCCCCGCCUGACAUGGAGGACGAGAACCCGCUCCUGUCUGGUGCUCCUGUUGUUUCUGAAAAUGUGAGACCUAACGGGGGUCCUAAGGUAGAAAGCAAACCCUCCUUACUGGCUACUCCCAGGCCACGGCCGAGCAGUGGUGAUAGUGUAGGCUUUGGUGGCGCCAUAGGGGCUGACGGCUGCAGACUCGGCUUUGUGCGCUCGGGGCCUGGGGUGUGCGUGCCUCAGUGUGACAUUGAACCCAAUUUCUGCUUUAACGGAGGAGUGUGCACUGUGGUGGCAGGAAUGGGUGCCUUCUGCCGGUGCAACGUGCAGGACUACAUCUGGAAUAAAGGCACACGCUGCGACUGGAUGGUGACAGAGUUUCAGGUGUUGUGUGUGGUGGUGGGCGUAUCCUCCAGUGUGCUCAUCCUCCUCUUCAUGAUCAUCGUGUUCUUUGCCAAGAGGCUGCACCGCCUCAAGAAUGAGAACAAGCGCCUUCGCAAACGCAGUAAAUUCCGCCCACAGAGUAGCGAGCCACAGACGGACGGCCUCUCCGUUUCCACAACAGCCGACGGCUCGCAGCCAAACGUAAGGAAACUGUGCGAUACCCCUCCGCCUGCUCCUCAAGCUCACACACACAACCUGGCAUACUAUGACAACAUUAUAUGUCAGGAUGAUCCUCAGAAGCAGGUGGACCCCUCAAAGUCCCCACAGGCCAAGGAAGAGGGCUCCAUGAACAUCCUCAACUCUCAUUCCCCCAAACACGAGAACAACCGGCCCACCUCUGUCGCCCACACUCCCAACAACACUGAGGAGAACGCUGAGGAUGGAGUCACUAUUGGCCUGGAAGUGCUCCUCCCUAAAGACGCCAAGCUCCAUCCGGACAUGAGGCCAGCCCUUCAGUAUGAUGUCUUCCUCUACAAGGUCCCCAACAAUGGAGGCUCCGCCUCCUCUCUAAGUCAAACUCCUUUGGCUCACACCAUCGACUCCUACUCCUCUCACCCCAUGCCCAGAUCACCUAAGUCAGCCAAAUCACCCAAGACACCAAAGUCACCAACGGUGCCAAAGUCACCCAGACACAUCAAGGAACAACCACACAGUCCCCGGGAACCCAUGUCAGGGAGGCAUUCCUCGCCCUGCCGUCACCCCUCACCAAGUUGCCACCCAUUACCCAGUAGUCACACUGAGCCUGCCUUCUUAUCCUCCCCCGCCUGCCACCACCAAUUCCCCAUGCCCACCUCUUUCUCCUGCUCGCCUCUUUUACGGCGGCCCAGAGGUCGGUCACAGGGUCCUGAUUCAGAGCAUGAGGAGACAGGGAAAAAAAUUGCACACAUUCGUCCUUCCCCUUCCUCUCCUCACCUCACCCAGCCUCCACCAUCACCAUCCAAGGGGAAGUACAGCCCAGCCAGCACCCGGUCCCUGCCGCUCUCCUGACCAGGCCUUCAGCCAACCACACAGCCACACAAACAUCAGUCAUACUCUAAUCAAUCAAGUGAUCAUUGCUCUAACUCUUGUAUUAGUGGUUUAUAGGUCAUAUAUCCAUCCUCCCUACAUUUAUGCCUUCAAGAUGAGCAUGUCAACUUGUCUUGGUCCACGGAGCCAGAAAAGUACAACUGGG